AUGGAGUGGGUAUGUUGUGCAGAUCGUGUGUUGCUGGGACAAAAGGAUGCGUCAAUCGCAGACGUGCCCCAGCCACCAGUGCCAGGUGAGGCGACGGAUCGCGAGAUCACCGCGCCAGGCGAGUCGGUUCAAGCACCAAGUUGCCAUCGCGACCUGCGGUCGCGAAGGCUCGGCCAUGUCGAGCAGGAGACGGGUCAGUUGGUUGGGCCAGAAGACGAGGUCGGCCAACGAGGCACAGACGAUCGUCACCACCAACGGCGUCAGCCGUGGCUGACGCAGAAACGAAGAAGCCUUGGUUGUCGGGGUCGUCGUGGCGACUGUGAACUUGUCGUCGUGGCUCACGGGGUCUGA